AUGGAGGAAACAGAAAUAUAUUAUGGAUCAUUAGUGAAAUGGAAAGUAAAUGGCAAGGAAAACAUAAUACAGACUUUUAAAAAAAUUGACUCAAACACUUGGGAAGAUGUACCGUAUAAAAAAAGUUCAAUUCCACUUUCAAAUUUUGAUUAUCUUUUUGAUUGUGAAGAAUUAUUUGCAAAAAAUAAAGAUGAUGAGUUUAGUCUCGAUAAACUUUAUGAUAUAGCCAUUAAAAUACGAAGUAAUAAGUGGGAUGAAGAUACCAUCGAAACGCCAUUUCUUCCUAAUUCGUUAUUAAAGCUAUUAAAAAUCGUUGGUGAAACAGAGGAUGAAGAUAAGUCUCCAAAACUAGUUGCUAAAGAAGAGACGAUUCAAAAAUUAGCGGAUGAAAAAGCAAUAAUUCAAAAACUGGAGGAAAGCGAAAAAUUAAUUCAAGAACUAAAAAUUAUUUUUGGAAAAGGGGCAGAUAAAAAAUCAUUUUAA